UCUCACUGCGCCUCUGGCCGGCCGCACACACGACGAGCAGGACCACGACUACGCCCAAGACUACGCGCCCGUCGCUUACUGCACGACGACGACAUGGCGUUCCAGCAGAUCAACCUCGCCGCCGAGCCGGGCAUCGAGCUCCUCCCCAGCUGCGACCGCGUCGUUGCCGAGCGGCUGGAGCUGGUGGGAGAGGAAGGCGCCAUCAAGAUCUUGAACGCGACGACCAACCGUGCUGCGCAGAUCGACGCUGGGCACAACCAGCUGACGGCAGCCAGCUGUCGCGUCCUCUUUGAAGGCCUGACGAUCCGGCACCAGGCCGUCCCGAGCUGUCCGACACGGCGGCUCCCCGAGACCAAGCGGCCCAAGCCCUUGAUGAAACCCCAGUGCAUGAGCACCAUCGACCUGUGCGACAACAACAUUGGCGACGAGGGCCUUCUCUACGCGCUCAAGUACUGUGCCGAGGACCAUGGCAUGAUGAGGCUCAACUGUCGCGGCGCGUGGAUCAAGCUCGACGAGGGCUAUGUCGACCAAAUGGUCGAGUACAUCAACGCGUCGCACCUCGAGACUCUGGACCUCGGCUACAAUCACCUUUCUCCCGCCGGCGCGAUCCGAUUCUUCAGCCAGCUCGAGGGCCGCUUGUGUGAUCUCGAGCUCAAGGGCUGCGUGCUGCCCGUGUCAGUCGCUCCGGCAAUCGCAGAGUACCUCGCAUCACCGCGGUCACGAUCCCUCCGUCGCCUGGGGAUGAAGUACAACAACCUCAGUCUGAAAGGCUUCAAGACGGUCAUGGCGGCCCUGGAGCGGUCCAACUUCACCCUCGAGGAGCUCGAGCUGUUUGCGACCAACGACCCGUACUACUCGCGCGCGCCAAGAGAACACGAGUGGUACGGCGGCAAGCCAGACGUUACCGAGCUCGCGAUCGCCAACAUGCCUGCCAAGGAGUACGACGAGCUGUCGAGCAUCAUCGACGACCAGAUCUUCGACGUCCUCGGCCGCAAUGAGGAGCUUGGUGGUCGCGUCAACGAGGCGGUCACUCGCGUCCUCGUCCCGGCGCGAAUCAUCCUGCACGGGCGAGAACCGACGAAGGCGGAAGCGAAGCGACAAGUCAAGAAGGCAGCUGCAGCUGCCAUCGAGGCCGAGAAGCGCAAGAGGCGGAAGGAGAAGGAGCGCGAGACUUCGGCAUACCGACACCUGUGGGAGGAUCCGUCCGACGAGGACGAGCUGAGCGAGGGAGAGCUCGAGCAGCUCGAGGAGGCGUAUCUGGAAGAGCUCAACGACGAAGAGUCAAAGAGUGACGAGGACUGGACCACCGACGAGGGGGAAGAGGUCGAGCAAGUCACCCCCAAGCGCUGGGUCAAGGGUGCGGAUGGCAUAUGGGCGGCUGAAGUCAUCGAGGUGGCAGACAGCGACGACCAUGCCGACCCACCACCGCCGCCGGAACUCACCAUGUUCCCGGUGCUCAAGCUCCCACCAGAACUUCAGGUCACGAUCGCCGAGUACUCGAGCCAGGACGUGGCGGCGCUGAGCCGGGGGCAGUGGUCGCGGAUCUACAGCCACCUCAAGGACCGCAAGAGCCUGGGCGAGCUCGCUCGCCAACGCCGCGAGUGGAUGAAGGGCCACCGGGUGCUCAAGACGGACGACCCGUUCGUCGCCGGCAUGCAGGGAGCCGAGUUCGAGACGCAGUUCCUGCAGAAGCACGGCCUCAUGGGAUGGGAGGACGACGCGGUGAACCGCGAUCUGGCGGCGGCAACGAAGGGCAAGGGCAAGGCGCGCGCUGAGCCACUCCCCGAGGUCGUCGCCAAUGGCAUGGCUGCGGGCAGCUCACGCGUGGACCAGCUCACCGCCGCGAUGGAGGACCUCGGCGUCGGCGGCUCGGGCUCGGCGGGCUCGUCAUCUCGCGGACAGCCGCGCUCCCUCGCUGCGCGCGUCGAGGAGGUUGAGGAUGAGGACGCCGAUCCCAUGCCGUCAUCAUCCAAGGGCAAGGGCAAGGCCGUCGACCCCAUGCCUUCGUCAUCCAAGGGCAAGGAGAAGGGUAAAACAAGAGCAUAAUAGCAUGGC